CAACCCUCUGUUUCCCCAGUGGUUCCCGCACCCGACCACAGCACGCAGCGGGACGGGAGCUAAAGGCGGAAACUUCCGGGCAGCUUUUGACCACUCAGGUUGAGGCAUUCUUAUCUUAUCCUGCUGGUCGGUUAUCGAUAAGGGCCUAAGUGUCCGCCCAAAAAAUCCGCCACGAUAAGCUCCGCGACUGUUAUCGAGCUUUGCGAUAUGUCAAUGCUGGGUUCGACUUUCAAACUUGAGCUUCCUAUCUAUUACCACAUCGUCACCCAACUUUAAUUCUUAUCAACGAUACCUACCGUCUCCUCAUCUUUUAAUCUCGGUCAACGGUCAUUGGUAUUGUGGCAUUGUUAAUUGUCUAGUACAACAAACCAAUUCUCCUCUCGAUACAACCAUCUCUGGUCACCAUGGCCGACUCGGUGCUCAGCACCCUCUGCGGAAUCUGCCACGCUGAACCUCCCAAAUAUAAAUGCCCACGCUGUCUCGCCCGAACAUGCUCGCUGGUAUGCACCCAGAAGCACAAGAUUAGAGCCGACUGCUCUGGCGUCCGCGACGCUACCGCCUUCGUCCCCGCCACCCGUCUCCGUACCACCGCCGGCAUCGACCACGACUACAACUUCAUCUCCUCCAUCGAGCGCGCCUGCAAACGGAACGAGCAAGAGAUCGUCGAAGUGCGGAAGAUCCUCAGCGAUAAGGAAUUACACCCCCAAAACGAGGAUAAGGCUUUUGUCAAGGAGUGGCACGGCGACGAGUUGCGCCAUGUCCCCGUCGGGGCGCUGCCACCGCCGAGUUGGAAACAGCACAAGAUGCAGGAGGAAGGCGCAUGGAUAUCUGGAUUCAGCAGACAAGUACGCCAGAGGCUCAGAAAGCUCAACAUCGAAGCCGUGUCCAUGCCGAAGGGCAUGACCAGACAGCGCGAAAACGAGACCUCGUGGAACCGAAACCACCAAUGCGUUAACUGGCAGGUUGAAUGGCUUCUCUUCAACGUCCCCGGUAUCCCUACGACCGGCCAACAACAACAACCGCACCGAAUCCUCCACAAAGCCCUCGAGAAUAAGCCUCUCAACCGUGCCCUAGCCGAAACCCUCGCCUGGUACCGCAGGCGCCUCUCUCGACAAGCUCAAGAAGCCGAAACCCUCCCCGAUCCCUCCGACGCCGCCGCCGAAGACCAGCUAGACGCCGACGGCCGUCCCCUCAAGCGCCGCAAACUCGAAUCUGGCUUCGCCCCAACGAAAUCCAAGAAAAUCACCGAAAUCAUCGCCUCCCCUUACCUCUCCUCUCCCCCGCAUAACCCGCUCACCUCCGCCUGGUCCACCGACUCGCCCUACACCAUGCAAUACUCCCUCACCGGUGCCUGGUCGCAAACCUCGUGCGACGGCUCUGCUUCGAUCACCAAAACCGACGACGAGGAAAUCGUUGACCAAUCCCGCUUGUUAGCGGGGUGGCGUUUCUUCUUGCACAAAACUUGGGCCCCCUCUGCUUCUGCUUCUCAACCCGGCAAGGAGAAACCAAGUGGGAAAUUGUUGAUCCCUUUGAGCGCGACCAAGAACCUCUCUCAUGCUCUGCGCGGUAGGACGGUAGUUGAGUUCCCGACUGUUUACGCCCUGCCCCCGGGCGUUGAAUUGCCGGAGGAUUUUGGGUAUGCGGAUACGAAGAGGAGGAAGGAGCGUGCCCCUAAGGUGGUCAAAUCCGAAAGCGAAAAGGUGGGCGAUGGGGAGGAGGCGAGUAGCAGCUCAUCGUCUGACUCUGACGCAAGCGACUCUGAUUCUGAUUCGGAUGAGUCGUCUGAUGAGGGUGAAGUGGAAGAAAUUUCCUCCAAUCCUAAUGGGAGGAAGAAGCAAUUCGGAUCGCAACAAGCUGCUUUCAGACGGGAUCAGCGGGAUCAACGAGGUGGGGGAAGAGGUGGAGGGAAGUGGGAGCGCGGUGGCCGUGGGGGGAGAGGCGGCCGCGGAGGGAGAGGUGGAAGAGGAGGAGCUGGAGCUGGAGGGAAGAACGUGCGGUUCAAGCAGGAAGAUGACGAUCAAGACUCAAACCGGCUUGAGGCUGAAGAAGGAGAGAUGGACACGGCCGCGCUAGAAGCAGCUGUUAAGCAAGCUGCUUCUGGUGACUUUGAUGUCAUCUUGAAUCCGAACCGGGAGGCAGCGGAGGACGGCGAAAUUAAUAGCGAUGGAGACGAAGUCAUGGGUGAUGCUGUUGAUAACACCGGCUACAGCGGGGGUCGCGGAGGGCGUGGUGGCGGACGCGGUCGUGGCCGUGGCGGAUCCCGUGGUGGAAGAGGUAGUCGCGGCAACUUCCAACAGCGGGGCGGUAGAGGCGGCGGCGGCCAGGGACAUGGACAUGGAGGCCGAGGAGGAUUUGGAGGCGGUCAACACCACCAGCAGCAGCAGCAGAGGGUCAAGCAGGAGACUGAAGCGCCUCAUCAUAUGGAUGUGAAUAUGGACAUUGACGUUCCAAGGCAAGGACAGCGUGUGGAGGAGGAACAGCAACAGCAGAGGCCUAGCAUAGGCAACAAGGGCGGUGGCGGUGGUCUCGGUGGACUUGUCAACUACGGGUCCGAUUCCGAGUAGUAUUUUGGACUCGGACUCGGACCAUCGAACAAAAGAAUUUUUUUUAGGUAGACGUACCUGGGGUGUGGAAAGCGGAUAUGGAUAUCUUAUCUUGUUGGCUCCAGAAAAGAAGAGGAAUCGUAUUGGUAGACGACGCUGCUAGCAGAAAUGUUGUUGCGUUGCGUAUAGAAAAGAUAGCGAAAUGGAAUUGUUACGGGAAGCAGAUAUACCAAGUAGAGAUAGUAAGCAGAUAAUUACCCCUAGGAUGAAGAAUCAAUACAAAGCUACAAAGUGAUACACUUAUUACAAGGCCCGGUCGUAGUUAGGUGGAUAUCUGAGUUGGUUGUGUUUAUGUCUUUGUAUUUCGUUGGGUUUUGAUAAGUA